AUGCAGACGCGCACCCGUGACAGCCUUGGUGUCGCAACACAUUCCUCCGAUCGUGACAGAAGGAACCACGCUGAGACGCAUGAACGUGUUUUCGAGGCCUCUCCCGUCGCCGCCGCGCCAGGCAGGGCCCCCGCAUCGAGACACAGUGCGCAUCCAGACACAGUGCGCACCGAGACACAGUGCGCAUCCAGACACAGUGCGCACCGAGACACAGUGCGCACCGAGCCCGACCAGCAUGCCUGUCGAGACAGAAAACCACACCGCGGCCAAAACCUUCCUGCAGCGGCACGCUCACUCCUGCUACCCACCGCCCCGCGCUGCCGCACGCCCUCUCGUGUUGUGACCCAGGGGGCCGCGCCACGGGGAGACGGCGCGCCGCAGCCUGUCAGGACGCGCACGCGGAGCCGCGCCCGGGACGCCCGCCCGCCGCGACGUGUCAGCGCGCCGCGCGCACUGCGAGCGCGUCACGACGGAGGCGGUGUCACAGCGCCCCCUGGGAGGACAGAGCACCCUGGCGGGGAGACCGUGUCCUCAGAGCCGGGCUGUCUGAGUCCGGAGCGCAGAGCGGGUGGUUACAGCGCGUGGGGAGGAACGGGUGAGGAGGAGGAGGAGGAAGAUAGGAAACAGAUGAGAAAAAAAUCCAUUCAUCCUUGUCAAUCAACUGACAAAGAUGUGAUAAAAGAAACUCACGCUGAGAAUUUAAUGACUAAUUUAUCAAAUGCUUAUGCCUCAGAUUUGUUGCCAUCCAAGGAGGGCGAAGAUUUAACAAAAUGUUUUCUGCUGCGAGUGGUAAAUAUUCUUCUGCACUACAUUGAGAAAACUUUCGAUGUUAAGAGUAAAAUAUUGGACUUUCAUCAUCCUCAUCAACUUCUUGAAGGUUUGGAUGGGUUUGACUUAGAACUGUCUGACCAUCCUGAAUCUCUGGAGCAGUUGCUUGUUGAUUGCACAGACACCUUAAAAUAUGGUGUUAAAACAGGACAUCCUCGCUAUUUUAACCAGCUCUCCAGUGGGCUAGAUGUGAUUGGACUUGCAGGGGAAUGGUUGACAGCCACUGCAAAUACCAACAUGUUUACCUAUGAAGUAGCUCCAGUAUUUACUGUCAUGGAAGCAGUUCUUCUUAAGAAAAUGUGUGAGAUUAUUGGCUGGAGAGAAGCAGAAGCAGAGGGAAUAUUUUCACCUGGUGGGAGUAUAUCAAACCUCUAUGGUAUAUUAGUAGCUCGUUAUAAGCAAUAUCCAGAGAUAAAAGCAAAAGGCAUGACAUUCCUUCCACGCAUUGUAUUGUUUGUUUCUGAACAAGGUCAUUAUUCCAUAAAAAAAGCUGCAGCAACCCUUGGUAUUGGAACGGAUAAUGUAAUUGAAGUAAAAUGUGAUGAAAGGGGAAAGAUGAUUCCAGCUGAGUUAGAGAAAAAUAUAUUACAAGCUAAAAGAAAGGGCCAGACUCCUUUCUGUGUUGUGGCCACAGCUGGCAGCACCGUGUUCGGGGCCUUCGACCCGCUCCAUGACAUCGCAGAUAUUUGUGAGAUACACAAACUCUGGAUGCAUGUGGAUGCAGCUUGGGGAGGUGGAUUGCUGUUGUCCAGAAACCAUUCCUAUAAACUCAGUGGUAUUGAAAGGGCCGACUCCGUGACCUGGAAUCCCCAUAAACUCAUGGGUGUUCCCCUUCAGUGCUCUGCUAUCCUGACCCGGGAAAAAGGUCUUCUGGGAGCAUGCAACCAGAUGCAGGCUGAAUACCUUUUCCAGCCUGAUAAAGUCUACAAUAGUAACUUUGACACCGGGGAUAAAACUAUUCAGUGUGGCCGACACGUUGAUGUCUUUAAGCUCUGGUUAAUGUGGAAGGCAAAGGGAACCUAUGGCUUUGAGGUACAGAUUGACAGAUAUAUGGAACUUGCAAAAUACUUCUAUAAAGUUUUAAAGAAAAAAGAUAACUUUAAGCUUGUAUUUGACGCAGAGCCUGAGUUCACCAAUGUCUGCUUCUGGUAUUUCCCACCAAGACUUAAACAUAUCCCGAAAGGUUUUGAAAGAGAUCAGGAACUGCAAAAGAUUGCUCCAAAGAUUAAAGCACAGAUGAUAGUGGAAGGCACAGUCAUGCUCAGCUACCAGCCCUGUGGGGACAAAGUAAAUUUCUUCCGAAUGGUCUUUUCUAAUCCUGCCACAAGACAAACAGAUGUUGACUAUCUUAUUGAUGAAAUUCAAAGACUUGGGAAAGAUUUAUGA